AUGUCGAUUCGUAAUCCAAGGCUACCGCUUUUGCCUGGUUAUGGCACAAAUCCUAUGAUAGGGAAAAAGAGCUUUGGAGUUCGUCCAAUUUUUACAACUAUCGGUAAUGUGAACAUGUUGAUUGAUAAACAAGAAGGUGGAAAUAGGGUUCCGUCAUUAUACUGCCGGAAACAAGCACCAGACCUUCCAACAUGGAUUAUGUAUGACAAGCAUAUACUGCGAUUCCAAGCUUUCUUUCAACAAACAUUGCAUGAAAACCGUUCAGGAUCUCAUAUACUUCGGAAGGUGAACAUCUUAUUUUAUCUCGAAGAUGGUACGAUUAAGGUGAUGGAGCCGAAGACUGAUAAUAGUGGACUGACACAAGGAACAUUGAUCAGUCGUCAAAGGAUUCGCCUUCCGUACAGCUACGAUUUAUAUUACGACGUAUUGGAUUUGAAUAUUGGGCUGGAAGUUUCAUUUCAUGGAAAAGUUUUCAAAAUCGUAAACUGUGACAACUUCACACGGGUGUUCUUAAAUCGCCUUGGCGUCAACGUACCAGAUCCUAUACCGUAUCCGGAUGCUAUAGAAAGAACGCCCGAUACCAGGAAACCGCCAAAACACAGGCCAUUCAAACAAUUUCUUGACUUUGAUCGACAAGUUUUGAGGUUCUACGGUUACUGGGAUGACCGUGAUUCUGAAUUCGGAACAUUGCAUAAUUUGGAGAUACAUUAUUUCCUAGCUGACGAUACUAUUGAGAUCAAAGAAACAGUAGCACCAAAUUCCGGUUCGGAGACCGGUCCCAUGUUUUUGAAAAGAAUGCGUUUGCCUCGAAAAAUACCACCCAAAAUAGAAAUGACGGGCGGUCCCCUAGUAGCGUCGUAUAGUCCAGCCGAUUUGAGCAUUGGUGCUGUUCUGAAUGUCUUUGGUCGCAAAGUUGUGCUUACUGACUGUGAUCCAUUUACGAAGGAGUAUUAUCGCGUCACAUAUGGAUUCGACACAUUCACUAAACUACCAAUUCCUCAAGACGAUAGCAAGGAAUGUGUCAGUUCCAAUAUGGCGGAUCGUCAACUACCUCCUUGGAAUGGCUACGGCAGCUACGAUGAUUCCGCAGAAAAUUGUCGUACUGUGGAACCUAAAGCGAUACAUAGGGACUUUAUAAAAUUCCUUAAUAAAGAUAGAGUUGGUUUCGAUUCCCACGUCCUACGUUUUUCUGCUCGUCUGAUUUCUGACAACCCUGACGAUAGUCGACGCUAUUUUAUCAUUAAAUAUUUUCUCUGUGAUGAUACUAUUGGCGUUUUUGAAUUAGGCGAACGCAAUUCGGGUUUCUUGGGUGGUCAAUUUUUCCGGCGCAACAAAAUGUAUCUGCCAGAUGUGAAUUUCUUUGUGCCUAAAGAGCCCCCAGCGUACACGGACAAAGACAUGUGGGUUGGCAACGAGUUGGUUGUCAACAAGCACCGAUUCCGACUCAUUGCCGCUGACGAAUAUGCUCUGCGAUAUAUGGAGCUGAAUGCCGAACAGUACCCGAUGGCGAACAUAGCGCUGAUAAUGGACAAAAUCCGUCGCACGCUGGCUUCUCAAGAAAAUGGAUACAAGAACUUUGUAGCAAAAUAUAUGGAAGCUGUAGAAUCGGAUAAAAAGGAUCUCAUGUCUGUUAGAUGUUUCAAACAAGCAUUGAAAGAAAUAAUGUGUGAGAAGAUGACAGAGCAUGAGUUUUUGACUCUGAUUAGAUUCUUCCGUGGGGACCCUGGCAAGGAUAAACUUCCUCGCAGAGAGAUGGUCAGGUCACUAGUUUUCUCGGAGUUGACACGGGGCUUAUGGGAUGACCGGGAUCGUCUGCGCGAAGGCCUGAUGCACGCUGACGCGACUGGUUCGGGUGUAUUGUCCGUAGAACGGUUGCGACAACUUCUUCGUGCCCAUCGACUACCUAUGAGCACCGAUCUCAUGGAUUGUAUGUUGUCAGUUUUGUUAAAAGAUGAAAAGUGCAAUAUCCACUAUGAAGAUAUGAUGGAUUUCCUGGACUUUAAGACUCGGCCAGUGUUCAAUCUUACUGAAGCUGAUUACGAGAAGGUUGUACGUCAUGCCCCACCCGUGAAAGAUACUGAGUGUAAAUUGUGGGGCGAAGCGGAGAUGGAGAUAAGAAGCGGUUUCGUCAACUGGAGUGCCUUCCUUUGUCAGUUGAACCUCGAGCACCUCGUCAAAGAACAAUCUUAG